GAGUUCAUAGAUCUAUUUCUGGAUUUAUCGAAUUUGAAAAAAUCCUUUUGUUGAUUAAACAACAGCAUUCGUGUUUCACAGUUGCCAUGGGGAACGCCGUUGUGUUUGAUCGUUGCGUAAAAACCAUUGCUUUCAGAAAAAAUGGCGAGUAAGAGUCAAAACAAGAAAGAUGCCGAAUUUACGGGUGAUCACCAAUUGCAAACGCCGGCCAUUGAAUGCCCGUUCACCAAAUUGGCAACAGAAGCUUUUUUGGUUUUCGAUGCGUUGAAUAACGAAUCGGUUGACGUGAGGGAGGUCGGAACCAUCAUUCGAUCUCUGGGCUGCUGUCCAUCAGAAUCGGAAUUGCAACAUCUGGUUACGGCUAUGGAAGGAGAAGGAACGACGCAAUUUGUCACUCUGCAAAAAUUCGCACCCACAGUCAGUGGGAUACUACAGCAGAAACGGUUCCAAUCGGCAACAGAGGACUUGAUUUUACGGGCAUUCCAGACACUGGAUUCAGAAAGGAAAGGCUAUUUGACGAAAAAAGAACUGGAAUCCUCACUGACGGGGAGCGGGGAGCCUUUCUCUGCCGACGAAAUGGAAGAAAUGUGGACGGCCAUAAAAGCGCUGCGAUUCCCAACAGACUCGGACCGAGUCCUGCCAUCCGACGCCUUUGAUUACAGUUUGUACGCGAAAUACAUGAUGAAAUAAUCUUGA